AUGCCUAAAGCUGAAAGUUCCAGCGAUGCUUCCGAUCAGGAAGAUAUCACUGACAUGCUUGAGACGGGAGGAGAAUUAUAUAUUGCCCGCUUUUUCAUUUCAAGCCAAGACUCUAGAUCGUUGCGUCUGGAUGUAGAAGGCACCCUCUGUGCUGGAUUCGACAUCGGUUGGGUCAGCACCGUCCGAGUUCGUCUUUACUAUCGCAACAUUCUUGUUGGAGAGAUUACCAGUCCGGACACGCAAAUGAUACCCGACAGUGACAAUUAUGUGAUAACCAAGUGGAGAAUCGAUGAGGAACCUAUUAUGCAUAUCAAGAGCAUGGUGGGAUUCAAGAAUUUCUUCUGCGACAUCAUGCCUAAGGAGAAUGCCAAUAACGAGCUGGACGUCCGUAAACAGGCCACUGCUGCCCUUAGAGUUUCUCCAAGUGGCCAUCGGUUGACAAUGUCCAUUAAUUUGGCGAACAUGCCUAGGAUGACAACCACUAUAAAGAGAAUCCGAAUCUUCGGCGAAAAGAUCAAGAUCACCAUGAUACUCACAAAUCCAAGCCCGGUUACGCUUCAUGCUGAGGUCGACAGUGAAUUUGUCCUCAAAAAGGGUGAAGAUACUGUUGGACAUUUAGCCGCACUCUUUGAAAUUAUUCCUGGAGAAAAUGAAUGCGUUUUGGCAGGAAACAUCAGCCCCAAUGUGUCAGGAAUGGUAACUUUAAAAGGCUCAUCUUACGAGGACUCCGACGAGAGCUGGCAACAAUAUGUCAUUACGCUAUUUGAAAUCAAUAUUAAUAUGGAUGAGGCUGUUGUCUGUGUUGAAGCCGACGAGAGCGAAGACGAGUAG